UUUUAAAUUCACCUUGAAAGACUGAACAAUUCUAGAAAAACUAUGUGGCACAGCCCAGGAGAAGCAGGACUUGGAGAUUUUCAGGAAUGUCCUGGGUGAUGCCCUUGUAAAUCACCAGGAAGACUGCGUCACCACCAGAAUCUCUGCUGGUGCUCAAGGAUCCCAACUAAUCCCAUCAAACCUUGGAUCUGCCUCCUUUUCUGGGACAUUUGUGUUUUUCCUGAAUCUUCAGUCUAAAUUGCCAGAACCAAAGAGCAUACCACCCUGUGAGGACCUGCAGCUGCUUCGGGCAGGUUCUGUUUUAUUUGUAGCCUGCAUAUCCGGGAUCCAUGCAGAAGUAUAAUGUUAUGUACAAGACUGGGUGGAGCACAGAGUUUCCUUGAGGAAAUGGGCAGGAGGAAGAGUCCCAUUUUAACUCUGGUUGUUUUCUAAAUAUAAUUCCAGCACUCGGCAUAGUUUUUUGGUUUUCUUUUUUGAAGGAAAAAUAGAAAACUUUGGGUAGAGUAGAGUCCUUUCCUUGAGAGGUCAUGGUUUUUUACAAAGCCUAUUUAGGGGAACCUGCCCUGACACUCUGAAGCAUAACUGUGUGUCCCUGUGUUCUGAUCUGAUGCAGUUGCUGCUUUCUGUCACCUUUCACCAAGAAAGAAGCAGCUCCACUUGGCAGCCCUGGCAUCACUCAAGGGAGACAUACUGGAACUGAAUAAGCGUCUGCAGCAAACAGAGCGGGAACGGGACCUGCUAGAAAAGAAGUUAGCCAAGGCACAGUGUGAGCAGUCGCACCUCAUGAGAGAACAUGAGGACGUCCAGGAGCGAACCACGCUUCGGUAUGAGGAACGCAUCACAGAACUGCACAGCAUCAUUGCUGAGCUCAACAAGAAGAUAGACCGUCUGCAGGGCACCACCAUUAGGGAGGAAGAUGAAUAUUCGGAACUGCGAUCAGAACUCAGUCAGAGUCAACACGAGGUCAAUGAGGACUCUCGAAGCAUGGACCAAGACCAGACCUCUGUCUCCAUCCCCGAAAACCAGUCCACCAUGGUCACUGCUGACAUGGAUAACUGCAGUGACCUGAACUCAGAACUUCAGAGGGUGUUGACAGGACUGGAGAGUGUUGUCUGUGGCCGGAAGAAGAGCAGCUGCAGCCUUUCUGUGGCCGAGGUGGACAGGCACAUCGAGCAGCUCACCACAGCCAGUGAGCACUGUGACUUGGCUAUUAAGACAGUUGAGGAAAUCGAAGGAGUGCUCGGCCGGGACUUGUAUCCCAACCUGGCUGAGGAGCGAUCCCGGUGGGAGAAGGAGCUGGCUGGGCUGAGGGAAGAGAAUGAGAGCCUGACAGCCAUGCUGUGCAGCAAAGAGGAAGAACUGAACCGGACCAAAGCUACCAUGAAUGCUAUCCGGGAGGAGCGUGACCGGCUCCGGAGGAGGGUGAGUGAGUGCCCUGGUCGGUGUAGCCAGGCCUGUUCCUGCACAGGAGUGAGAGAUGUGGACAGGUAGAGCCA